AUGUAAUAACAUUCUAUUCGUGUCGAAAUCCUAGGUGAUUAAUCAGAAUACUAAUUAUUUGAAUUUUCAUCAUUUUUAUACUCUAUAAAUAAAAUGUCAUUAUUUUCAAAAAAAGAAUAGAAGAAAUAGCCUACUCAAUAUUUGGAAUUUGAUUCACUUGCUUCUAAAAAGUAUAUUUAUGACUCAAAGAAAGCUAAUGAGUAGUCUGUAAAACAAGAAUAGUAUAUAAAUGAUUUAAGAAAAGCUUAUGACUAGUAAAGACUUGAAAUUGAACCCAUCUUUUAGAAAGUAGAGUUACUCUAGGUUGAAAGAAAAUAAUUAAUGGACGAAGUGGAACAAUAUAAAAUGAGUUAGAUGGAAAUUCUUAAGAAGUAUGAAGGGGAAUACUAGGAUAAGGAGAGACUUGCUAAAGAAUGCUAAAAAUACAAAUAAUAGAUUUUAGCACUUUAGAAAAUGUAAAUGCCCUAAGAAUUUUAAGAAAAAAAAUGUCAGGAAUUAAAAGAAUCCUUAUUUAAUACUAUCAAAGACAUAAUGAAUGAUUUUUUGGAAAGUUACAAUGAUUAAAUAGGGUAUGACAAUGAUGAUUCAGUUUCUGCAUCACUGUUUCAUGAUUUACUUUAAUAGAUUGAUGACUCAAUAUUAAUGUUCGUAGAGAACCUACCAGCGUAAUCGAGUAGACAAUAUUAAUCCGAUGAAGUUCAACAUCUAAAGGAUUAAAUUGAAAAAACAUUGUAAAUUGUAGCUAAUUUGCAAUCUGAAAAUUAAGACUUAGUUGCAUCAUUAGAAUCUGAAAAAUAACUUAAGGAUAAGAUCAAUAAUCAAAAAAAUACUUAAUAGCAAUUAGUCAGCCAAUUGUAAAAUUAAAUUGAGCAAAUAGUUAAUGAGAAAAAGGCUAUUGAUUAAUAACAUUAGGAAAUUUAGAUUAAAUAUUAGGAUUUGUCAAAGGAAUUUUAAAAGCUAAAUUCAGUUAAAGAAGACGAAAAAGAAAAGCUAAAGGGAGAAUUAAUAACGUUGGUGAAUGAAUUAUAAAAGGAAAUCCAAAAGGUUCAAUAAGAAAAUUCUCGACUUUUAUAGCAAAUCGAAGAAAAGAAUGCUGAAAUUACUAAUAAAACUGAAGCAUUCAAUAAUAAAGUAAGGGAUUUAGAAACCAAAUUAAAUCAUGAAGAAUUGAAAUAUGAAUAAAAAUCUAAAGAAUUUCUUAGAAAUGAAAGAGAAUUGAAUUAAUCUAAAUCAGAAGCUGCGAAAUUAUUUGAAAACAAUAAUAUUUUAUAAUAAUAAUUAGAUGCUUUUAAAGAAAAAAGAAAAUAAGAAAAGGAAAUAUUCGAUGAUUAAAAGGAAAAAUAUAAAUAAAUGAAAUUAUAGCUAUAAAAACAAGAAUAAGAAUAUGAAGCAAAAAUUAAUUAACUUGAAGAAUAAAUUCAAUUGCUUUAGUAGAAGACGGAAAGCACAGUUCCAUCAGAUUUAUCUAAUAACCCAGAAAUUAUAAUGGAAAAAGAAUUGCAAAUUUCUAAAUUAGAAUAAUCUAUCAUAGAAUUAAAUUAAAAAAAUAAUGAAUUAAAAUAAAAGCUGACUUAAAAUAAGAUAGAGAUUAAUGACUUGAAUCAUGAAUUAGAAUAGUAAAAGGUGACCAAUCAAUAGCAUCUAGACAAAAGAGCAUUUGCAUUAAGUGAAUUAAAUCGAUUAGAACAAUAAAAUUAGCUUUUAAAAUAAAAAAACAAUGAUCAAAAUUAAAUCAUCAAAUAAUUAUAACUAGAAAAUCAAUAGAUAUCCCAAAUGGUCAAAUCUUCAAAGUAAUAGCCUAUUGCAAAUAUGCAAAAGUAAUUACUCAAUCAAAGCAUUUCUAAAACUCCUAUGGUAGAAGCAAACUAUUUAGAUUCUUCUAUGGUAUCUGAUGCUGAGAGCCAAACCUCAAAACAGUCUAAACCUCCUUCCAUGCUUAUGAAAGGUUUAAAUUAUUUCAAACCAACUCCUUAAACCAUUUAGAAUGCGUAAUAAGAAAAUUAAGAGAUUAAAAUUGCUGCAACCAUGAUACAUAAGUAGACAGAUGAAUUAAAAUAAAAUUUAGAGUAACUUUAUAAAUGUUUCUUGUCAACAGUUCUACUAGGUUAAAACAAUGAAGAAGGUAAAUUUCUCAAGUUUGAAAGGGAAAUAAAUGAGUGUUUGAAGAAAACUUAAGACUUAAAUGAUAACAUAGAAGAUUUUUUGAUAUUAUGA